AUGACCAGGGCUUUAAGAAGAUCACCAAGAAAAAAACAGUCAACCAGAGAAAAAGUGCAAACAAAUGUGGAGAAAGGACAGAAAACCCCUAGAGGGAUUCAGUUACCUUCUGAGAACUCGCAUGAAUUAGUAACUCCAAGGCUUACCUCUAGUAAGGGUAUACAGGGGCAAUUAAAAGAAAUGCAAGCCACACAAAAAGAAAUUCUUUCCACAAUGAAAGUGGUAAGAAAUGAAAUAAGGGACCUGAAGAGGGAGUGGGAAAAAAGAAAAGAAGAAGCACCAGAGACCAUCAGUGUUCCAAAUAGAAUAAGGAAUAAUGUCAAAGAAUUCUACACAUGUGGGGAGGACAGGGAAUUGGCAUGGGAUUUCAAGAAAAGAUUUAAUGAUGAAGCCAAUGCCGAAAUGACAGAGUUUAUUAAGAAAAGUGUAAAAGGAGUUGCCCCAGAUGUGUCUUCCGAAGUCUUAGAGGCUGCUGUGAAACGAUAUUUUACCUCUAAAAAGGAAGGGGCCACCAGAAAGGCAAAGAACAAGGACGUAUUACAUAAACAGCGUCAGGCAACUUAUGAAAGAAAAAAGGAGAAAGUACGACGAAGACUGGCAGCUACGGACAAAAAGAAGAACUGGACAGAGGAGAAGAGGGCCUCCGUAAGAAAGUUUUUGAAUACCAAACAGGCAUACAAAUAUAUGUCCAGUGAUGAGGAGGGAGUUGAUGGGUUUUUAUCACAUCCCUACUCCUGGGAAAGUGACACAUGGAAACAUGUGAAAGAGAGCUUAGACGCAAAGUAUCUAGAGACAUGUCCACCCAGGAGUAGGAGACUUUUGCAGAAAAGAACAACAGGAACAACGAAGGAACAGCCCACUCCAGACCUAAAUGAGGAAUUUUCAUGGAUUUUUAAAUAGAUUUAUGCUUGAAUGUACAACCUAACAUUGUGUUUUGUGUAUUGUGAAUUUAUUUAGAAAUUUCAAACAUGUACAUUUAGAAUUUUAACUUCUCAAUUUAUAUUUUAAGUGCAUGUUCUUGGGUGAAAUCCUGCUGGUUGAUACAAUUAAUCAUCAAAUAUGUGUAUGUUCUUUCAUAUAGUUUGUGAAAAAAAAUUUUGAAUACUGGGGUAACUUACCUUAGUCAACAAAUUAACUUUCUAGGUUGAAACAGAUGCGUGGACAUUUCAAAGUUUCAAAUGGCUUCCAUAAUUUGACUUCUUUCCAUAACUCUUGCAAUUAUGUAUAUAGUUACUCCAAAUAUUUCCGGCUUUUAAUUGAUUUUUUUUAUUUUUUCCAUUUUAAUUUGGAAAUAGAACAUGUAGCUACUUAUUUUGUGUGGAAAAAUGUGUUAUAGCUUAAAGUACUUCGCUAAAAUCAGACUUACACUUUUUAGACUCAAGGUCACAAGAUGGCUAUUUUAAUUUUUUGUUCAAUUUUUUUGUAUCAACCAUAUUUGAUUGCAUUUUGUCAUAGCUCAGUGGUUUACAGCAUGAUCUGCUUGUGAUCCGCAGAUCAUGAGUUCGAAUCCACCUGGUUCUGGUUGUAGCAAGCUUUAACAUAUUUUAAAUCUUGAAAUGUUUACCUUCAGAUAUUGUACUAAUUAAUCACAGCUUUUAGGCCUUUCUGGCAGAGCUCGGAAAAACACCUCGAAUGUAUAACAAAGUCGUUCAUGAAAACCCUCCUUUUUGUAAGACUUUGAUAAAAAUACAACACACAUUUUAUGAGCUGUUGAGAUCUGAGCUCGAUGAUGAAAUAAAAACAAACCACAGAAGUGACAUACAAUGUUGUAUAGCCUGUACUUAUUUUAAUGAGAAUCAGCCCCAUUUUGUAUAAAGUUCUAACAUCCGGUAUUUUUAAUACAACUGUACAUUCGAGGUGUUUUCCGGGCACUGCCGUAUAGGCCCGAGAAGCUGCGAUUGAAUUUCAUAGUGACUUGUUAUUCAAUAAAAAUAUAACAAUGUA